AUGGCAGCUCCAUUCCUGACCUUCAGGUCUCAGGAGUUGGUGACAUUUGAGGAUGUGGCAGUGUAUUUCACUGAGGAGGAAUGGGAUCGAUUACACCCUGCCCAGAGGACCCUCUACCGGGACGUGAUGCUGGAGAAUUACGUGAAUGUCACCUCUCUCGUGCAGGAUUUCCCUGUUCCAUAUGAAGGAGCUUCUCCAGGAGGAAGAGCUCAGAGACAUGAUGAAUAUAAUCACAACUUUAGCCUGAAUCCUGAGUCUGUAAGACAGAGAAUCCAUAGCAGGGUAAAGCGUUAUGAAUGUAAUGAAUGUGGGAACGCUUUUAGUAAGACCUCCUAUCUUAUUGUCCAUCAAAGAUUUCAUAGUGGAGAGAAACCCUAUAAAUGUAACGAAUGUGGGAAAGCCUUCAGUCAGACCUCCAACCUUAUUGUACACCAGAGGAUCCAUAGUGGAGAGAAACCUUAUGAAUGUAAUGAAUGUGGCAGGGCCUUCACAGCAAGGUCAGGCCUGAAGCAGCAUCAGAGAAUCCAUAGUGGAGAGAAACCCUACAAAUGUAAUGAAUGUGGGAAAGCCUUCAAAGAGACCGCACACCUCAUUCAGCACCAGAGGAUCCAUAGCGGAGAGAAACCCUAUAAGUGCAAUGACUGUGGGAAAGCCUUCAGUCAGAUCUCAUCCCUCAUCGGCCAUCAGAGAAUUCAUACUGGAGAGAAACCUUAUAAAUGCAAUGAAUGUGAAAAGAACUUUAGGUGUGCUUCACACCUUAUUCGACAUCAGAGAAUUCAUAGCGGAGAGGAACCUUAUAAGUGUAGUGAUUGUGGAAAAGCCUUCAACAAGAUUUCAACCUUUAUUCUUCAUCAGAGAAUUCAUAGUGGGGAGAAACCCUAUAAGUGUAAUGAAUGUGGCAAAAUCUUCAAGGGCACCACACAGCUUAUUCAACAUCAGAGAAUUCAUAGUGGAGAGAAGCCCUAUGAAUGUAAUGAAUGUGGGAAAGCUUUUACUCAGAUCUCAAACCUUAUUAUACAUCAGGGAAUUCACAGUGGAGAGAAACCAUAUAAAUGUAAUGAAUGUGGGAAAGCGUUCAGACUGCGCUCACAUUUUAUUACCCAUCAGAGAGUUCAUACUGGAGAAAAGCCCUAUGAAUGCAAUGAAUGUGGGAAAGCCUUCAGCCAGACCUCCAACCUUAUUGUACAUCAGAGAAUUCAUAGGGGAGAGAAGCCCUGUAAAUGUAAUGAAUGCGGAAAAGCCUUCAGAUGGAGCUCAGAGCUCAUUUUACAUAAAAGAAUUCAUUUUGGAGAGAAACCUUAUAAGUAUGAUGAACAUGAGAAAGCCUUCAAACAGAGCUCUGAGCUUAUUUCACAUGAGAAAAUUCACACUAAAGAGUAAUAGUGUGGGCCUAAUCAAUAUUAGGAAAGCUUCAAUCACUCUUGCAGCUUUUCAAGCCCCAGAAAAUUCACACUGGCUAGACUCCACAUAGUAUUAUAAAAAUAUUGA